GAGAGUAUGCAGGAGGAGAUCGAGACAGAGAGCGCUACGAUGAGCUGAAGGCAGUGCUGGAGUAAGACUGAAGAAACACAGCAGGAGGGGAACUAAGGUGGAGAGAGAGAGAGAGUGCUCCUCUGAUAAAACCUAUAGGAGCAAUCCGUCCACUCUGAAGGUGGGAGGGAGCGAGAGAGAGAGAGAAACAGAGGACGGGAACGUCAGAGUUGGAAGACAGAGUUGGUCCUGGUCUUUGCACCCUGUGCUCGGAGCAGAUGGCAGCGCUCUCCUAGUGUGUUUUCUUCAGCUGCUGCAAGGCUGAGGGCAGCUGUAUGUGCCAGAAGACGGAGAUGCAGAGCAGUGUGGGGACAGCAACCUGAGGAACGUGACCAACCCACAAUUCUGGCUCCAGACAUUACCAUCCAUCUUCAAAAUUUGUUGUUGGAUAACCAGACUGCACAUAGGAGAAAUUUUCUAGCAUCUUUAACAAACAAAAAAAACACACACAGGGCAUUUCGUGUUUGUGUGUGUGAAACCGUCUCGGACCUACGGGGAGUCCUGGAGUACUGUUACACUGAUAGCCUUCCCUUAUGCAUGUUUUAUCUUCUGGGAGGAGAAAAGAGCCCUCCUUUUGUCAUCUAAUACCGCUGUAGGCCACACACGCUCUUGUCAUUUUCACUCACCUCCACCAGUUCAUCCACCAAAACACCAUCAGGUGCCGGUAAUUGUGCAGCUAAAACAAGAAGAAAGAGUUCAAUCCAUCAUCAAGAAAAGACUCCACUGUUGAUCAGAUAAGUAUUGGAGGACUCAGGAUCAACUUAACAGCUUAGUUUCCUCUUGAAUCUUUAACCCGGACAGUCCCCUCAGUUAGCCUCUCACCUUCCCUGGGAGCAGGGAAGUAACUGUAGCAUCUCUGUUUAUAAUCUAACCGGUGAUCACAGCGGCAGGGGUGGUGAGCCCGGAGCAUGACGGACACCCUUCGACCGCCGUCCCUCCAGGUGCACGUCCCCCGGGACGAGUCCAGCCACGGAGAGGAGGAGGGCGGUGGGAGCGGAGGCGGUCACGACAGCCUCGUCUGGUCCAGCUCGUCCACCCCCACCCUGCGGCGCCGGCGCUUUAAGAUGAGACGAAUGAAAAAGCUGCCCAGUGAGCUGGAGCGGCUUGAGAACGGCCUACUGCGGCACCCCGGAUCACGCUCGGCUUCCAAAGAGUACCUCCAGCUGCCCUCCAUCGAGAUCACACCAUCCAGCGACGAGGACGCGGCCUGGUCGAACAGCUCCACCCCGAGCGCCUCGCCCCGGCGAAAACGAUUCCUGCUGCGCAAGUGGCUGAAGGUGCGAGAGAGGAAGAAGCAAGGCAGUGAGAGCAGCAGUCAGCAGAGCAGCCAUGAGGACGAUUCCAGCCGCUUCCUGACUCCCUUCAUCCCUGAGGACAGCACAGCCAGUAACUCUAACCGGAGUUCCCCUGCCUGCUCUCCGGUUCUGCGAAAGCGCUGCCGAUCUCCCGUUCUGCAGAACGUCGAGACAGAUACCAUGGUGGAGAAAGGCUCAGAGCAGUCUGACACCUCCAAGUCCCCCUCCACCCCUGAGCAGCUGGUCACUCGCACCCUCUCCGGCCAGUCCACACGCAGCGGGGGCAAGAACUCCAAGAAAAGCCAGAGCUGGUACAGCCAUGAGAGACAGCACAUUCUCCGAGUCCUCAGUCCCACGUACAAGCAGCGUAAUGAAGACUUCAGGAAGCUCUUCAAGCAGUUGCCGGACACAGAGCGUCUCAUUGUGGACUACUCGUGUGCUCUCCAGCGGGACAUUCUCCUGCAGGGCCGCCUCUACCUCUCCGAAAACUGGAUCUGUUUUUACAGCAACAUCUUUCGCUGGGAGACACUGCUUACAGUUCGGCUGAAAGACAUCUGCUCCAUGACGAAAGAGAAAACUGCACGUCUGAUUCCCAAUGCUGUACAGGUGUCCACAGACUCUGAGAAGCACUUUUUCACAUCGUUUGGUGCGAGAGACAGGACUUACAUGAUGAUGUUCAGACUUUGGCAGAAUGCACUGCUGGACAAGCCUCUCUGUCCUAAAGAGCUCUGGCACUUUGUACAUCAGUGCUAUGGAAAUGAGCUGGGUCUCACUAGUGACGAUGAAGACUACGUGCCGCCUGAUGAUGAUUUCAACACCAUGGGAUACUGCGAGGAGAUCCCGGCAGAGGAGAACGAGGUCAGUAAUGAUAACUCAUCCAAGAGCAGCAGUGAGAACAAGCCAGACAACAGUUCUCCUCCGUCACACAAGAGAUCCAUCACACACUCCACCACUCCUCCCAGCAGCACUGAUACACCACUGUCUUUUGAUAUUGCAGCAGAGGAGUACACAGACUGCCUUCCUGAUGGAGAUCUGCUGGCGCUCCCUCUGCUGGCCGAGGAGAGGAGCAGCGAGCCGGCCAGUCCUCUGGAUCCUGUGCCACCACUGGCUCUCGACUUCAACGACAAUGAGGAUAUACCCACUGAUCUCAGUGAUUCCUCAGAGACAGAUGAUGAAGGUGAUGAGGUACAAGCUUUCCACGAGGAUCUGAACGGCCGCCAGUACAUUAAUGAGGUGUAUAAAUUCAGUGUUGAUAAACUGUACACCAUUCUCUUCACUGAGUCCCAGUUCAUGACAGACUUUAUGGAGCAGAGGAGAUUCACAGAUGUGGUGUAUCAUCCUUGGAAGAAGGAAGUUGCUGGAAAUCAGACCAGGGCCAUCAUGUACACAAUUUCCCUGACCAACCCGCUGGCUCCUAAAACAGCUACAGUUACUGAGACUCAGACUCUGUAUAAGGCCAGCCAGGAGAGUGAGUGCUACAUCAUCGAUGCUGAAGUCAUCACUCAUGACGUGCCGUACCACGACUACUUCUACACCCUAAACCGAUACAUGCUCACGCGUGUGGCCAAGAACAAGUGUCGGCUGAGGGUUUCUACAGAGUUGAGGUUCAGGAAACAGCCUUGGGGGCUGGUGAAGGGCUUCAUUGAGAAGAACUUCUGGAGUGGGUUGGAUGAGAACUUCAAAAGCCUCGAACUGGAGUUAGCAAAGAUGGAGGACGCUGUAAUGGAAAGCCACAGACUGUCUCCCAAAGCUAAAGCAGUGAACAACUCCAUCCUAAGACGGAGAAAAAGACCCCCCGCCCACCUGCGCACAGCCCAUCUAGAUGAGACCCUAAGUCCUGUUACCACACCGACAGACGAGGAGGUCAUCCACCGCAUUAAACACGUGGCAGGUUCCACUCAGACGAGACACUUUCCUGAGCACACACCAGGGGGCAGGAUUUUCUGCAACCUCUCUAAACCACUCCUCAUCAUCAGCUUUGUGAUCUGUAUAAGUCUGGUGCUACUGGUGUUUUUGAAUGUGAUGCUGUUCUAUAAACUCUGGAUGUUGGAGUAUUCUGCACAAAGCUUCUCCAGCUGGCAGGGCUUACGCCUACAUGAAAGGUACAACACGUGCUACAACUUCUUCACACCUACAACAAUACUGAACCAAGACCCACCCACCAACAUCAAGACCCAUCCACAAUGCAGUAAACUGCCGUCUACACAGAUGGAAUGGGCACAGCUCCUGGAGUCCCAGCAGCGCUACCACGACGCGGAGCUGCAGAAAUGGAAAGAGAUUAUCAAAUCUUCUGUACUGUUAUUGGAUCAGAUGAAGGAUUCCUUACUGAGCCUACAGAAAGGUGUGGGUCUGCGAGGUUACAACUCAGCCUCCGACGAGAAGAGAAGUCGAUAUCACUGACACUUACCCUCCAGGCCACCAGGGCGCGCUGUGCAAUGUAGAGCCACUUAUAAAAA